AUGGAGUCCAUUCACCAUGUUUCAACAUCAUCCAAAAUCUUGUUCGGCAAAGUCCGCAGGAUGGUGCCGCCGAUGCUGGAGAAGUUCCAUAAAGGUCAGCUUGGGCGAGUUGCGGUCAUCGGAGGAUGUGCUGAUUAUACCGGCGCUCCCUAUUUCUCUGCGAUGGCUUCGGCCAAACUAGGCUGUGAUAUGAGCCAUGUUCUCUGUGAACGCUCCGCUGCACCUGUUGUCAAAUCAUACUCACCAAACCUGAUGGUUCACCCCAUUCUUCCGAGCUCAGACUCUGUCAAGGAUCCCAAGUCCAUUGAUGCCUCAGAGCUAGCGGGACCCAUCAUCGCCAUGCUCUCGCGCUUACAUGCUCUGGUCAUUGGUCCAGGUCUCGGACGCGAUGGAGUCACACUGCAGGUUGUUGCUGAGGUCAUCAAAGAAGCUCGAAAGCAGUCUAUUCCGUUUGUCCUCGAUGCAGAUGGGCUGCUCAUUGUCACGCAAGAUCCAGAACUGAUCAAAGGAUACAAAGAAUGCAUUCUGACACCUAAUGUUGUUGAGUUCGGACGUCUUGCCAAGGCGUUGGGGGUCCAGGUGAGCAGCCAAGCAGAGCUCGAUACCAAGACUAGCGAGGAUGAGAAAAUCAGCAAAGAGUCGGACGCCUGUGAGCAGCUUUCAAGGGCUUUGGGCGGUGUGACAAUCAUCCAGAAAGGACCCCAUGAUGUCAUCUCCAACGGGGUUACCAGUCUCAUUUCGAGCGUUCAGGGAGGUUUGAAGCGCAGUGGUGGUCAAGGCGACACGUUGACGGGAUCUUUGGGGACAAUGUUGGCCUGGCGAGCAGCUUAUCACAACAAGCUGUGGGAUUCAGGCGAGAAAGACAAUGACCAGGACGCGCAGAACAAGGAGGAUGUUCAGUCUGAGCUCGAGACAGAAGGCAAGCGCAUGUCCCCAGCGACAACCUUGCUACUCGCCGCGUGGGCAGGAAGCUCCAUUACGCGCGAGUGCUCACGUCGGGCCUUUGAAAAGAAGGGCCGCAGUCUGCAAGCCAGUGAUUUGACAGAGGAGGUUCACCCUAGCUUUUUGUCGCUGAUUGGCGAGCCCGAGGGCUCGAAGACGCACCUUUGA